CUUGAACUGCGGUAUCGUGAUCAGCCACGGAACGUCACGAUAUCACUUAUCAUACCCGUCGACAGUAUCAGCCGCGGCGAAGUAGUAGCGACAAGAAGUUGUCGCUGCCGCAACCUAGUCGGCGUAACGAGUUUACGAAUAAUAACAAUAAAACGUACCAUUAUUAUCAAAUUUAUUACUACUGCUGUUGUAAACAAACGCUACGAGUGGGCACAUUCUUCACAUCGUUUCUCGUCGAUGAUUGCGCUCGUGGACUGACAAAAAAAGACCAUGAAUCGCCGGCUCAAGAACGUUGUGUACGCUGCCUCAGCUGGGAUUUGCGGUUCCUCAGCUGGCGCGUUCAGCAAAAUUGGAAUGGGCGUCGACGAGUUCUUUGGCAUCAACCAUCAGGCUUCAUACACAAAUCUGGCCAGAUUUGCCAUGGUAGUGAUGGUUGUGCUGGCCAAUAUAGGCGUUUGGCUCAUGUACACUAGAUCUUUACGGUUCGGUUCCACUUUAACCUCCACUGGUAUUAGCAUUGCUUCCAAUUAUAUUUUUACAGCUCUCACUGGAGUACUUUUGUUUGCAGAAAGCUCUUCGAUCCUAUGGGCGUGUGGCACACUUUCCGUCAUGAUAGGAGUCAUAUUGAUGUCAAUUUGAAUAUGGUAUAAAUUAAAAAUGAUAUGAUCUCAUAUGUAUUAUAUUAUUGUUAGUAAUUUUUUUUUUUAAAUUAAUGUCAUUAGGAAAACAAAAACCUUGUUAACCAGUAGCAGCACAAUGUUGAUUUUUUUAAGCAGUUGCUUUAUGAUUAAAAUUGGUAGGUGGUAAAAUAUGAUAAAAUUUCAAAUGGGCACAGUUUUGAUUAUUUAUUAAGUAUAUUUAACUUAAUCAAAAUGUAUAUUUUGUAUUGGAAUGGGGUAAAAGAUGGGUACUUGAUACAUGUACCUGCUUUAUUGGAAAAUAAACUUUGUGCUGUAACUGCUGUCAACCAUGUUUUAUUCAUACACGAGUAACAUAAUAUUCCUACAUAUGACUCAUUAGAACACACAUGGACAAUUAAACACAAUGUUAAUUAAUACAA